AUGUCUAGUUGGAGACUUAGAGGAAAUCCAAAAACACUCGGGGGUGUCAACGUGGUGACAGAAGAGCUAAGAAAUCUUUACUACAAACGACUGCUGCCGAUAGAGAAGUACUAUUCCUUCCAUCACUACCACUCUCCAAGCUACGAGGAUGCAGACUUCGACAACAAACCCAUGGUGCUGGUGAUGGGUCAGUACUCUACAGGGAAGACAACUUUUAUCAGAUAUCUUAUAGAACAAGACUUUCUGGGUAGCAGAGUGGGGCCAGAGCCAACCACUGAUUGCUUCACAGCCCUCAUGCAUGGAGAGGUGGAGGGAAUCAUACCAGGGAAUGCACUCACAAUGGAUCCCAAAAAGCCCUUUCGUAACCUGGACCCUUUUGGAAAUACAUUUUUAAACAGAUUUCAGUGUGUACAAAUGCCCAAUAAGGUUCUUGAGAGUAUUAGCAUCAUUGAUACACCGGGCAUCUUAACUGCAGCCAAGAAAAAACUAAGCAGAGGCUACGACCUACCAGCUGUGCUGCGCUGGUUUGCCGAGCGUGUGGAUCGGAUCAUCCUGCUGUUUGAUGCACACAAGCUUGAGUUCUCCGAUGAGCUCACUCGGGCCUUCGGGGCCCUAUUUGGCUACGAGGACAAGUUACGUGUGGUUCUAAACAAGGCAGACAGGGUGGACUCCCAGCAGCUCAUGAGAGUAUAUGGCGCCCUCAUGUGGUCACUAGGGAAAGUGUUUAAAACUCCUGAAAUUUUGCGAGUUUACAUUGGAUCCUUUUGGUCAGAGCCAAGGCAGAUGUGUGACCACUACCAGCUGAUAGACUUGGAGGAGGAGGAUCUGUUGGCCGAUAUAAGGAACCUCCCACACAACGCUGCUGUGAGGAAAUUGAAUGACUUGGUGAAGAGAGCCCGACUCGUCAGGGCUCAUGCACACAUCAUUAGCUAUCUGAAGCAGGAGAUGCCAACUAUUUUUUGCAAAGAGAGCAAGAAGCACAAUCUGAUCUACCAGCUUCCAGUCAUUUUCACAAAGAUCCAGCAGCAACACAGAGUUCCAGCAGGAGAUUUCCCCGAUUGCACCAAGAUGCAGGAGCAACUUCUGAGUCAGAAUUUCUCAAAGUUCAAGAAACUGAAACCAAGUAUGAUGGCGUCCCUAGACAAACUCUUAAACACUGACAUAGCUAAGCUUGUGCCGAUGCUUCAGCAACAAGAACUUGUAAAUGAAUCCCCGCCCGGGGUUUUGGAUGGUGAGUUCCUGGGAACUUUCAGGCGUGACUAUUACAAGAGACAUCCCUUUAAAGAAAUCAAAGAUGGCGACGAUAGCGAACAAGAUUCCAUCGAUUGGAUAGUUGAGAGACAUAAGCCAAAAUAUGAUGAGAUCUUCUAUAACCUCAGCCCAAAUGAGGGCAAACUUAGUGGAGCCAAGGUUAAAGAAUGGAUGACGACAACACUUCUGCCAAAUACAGUCCUCGCCCAUAUUUGGAGGCUGUCAGACAUUGAUGCCGAUGGUAUGCUGGACAAUGAGGAGUUUGCUUUGGCUGUCCAUCUUAUUGAAGGAAAACUGGAGGGUCAUUGGCUCCCGCGUGAGUUGCCCUCUCACCUGGUACCACCUUCAAAACGACUAAGUCUCACUGGUGAAGGGAUCUAA